AUGAGUAUUUCCGAAGGACUUGAACAAUACAAUAUCGACGAAAUUGCCGAAAUGGAUCAAUGGAAACAGGCGAAACAUCUCGGAUUGCGUGUAUAUGAAACCGGCUUGCCACCAAUCGAACAUUUUCUUCAUUUUUCAACUAUUGAAGCGCACUUUGGAUCGAUUUAUUUGACAGAUGUAGUCAACCUUUGCGAUAGUGUAUCCAAAUGA